AUGCGCUCCGAACAUACACACCACGCUGCUGCUUCUGCUCUGGCAGCAGCAAUGAUCGCCGAGCUGAGAACAGAUGAAACAUUCCUAUCCCUACGCGUGCAGAAGGAAUCUCUCUGCAAUGCGUUACAAAGCCUGUUAAUGGAGUACUCGGUCAGCCGUUCUCCGUGUAUAUUGCAAUAUGUGCUGGACAUUCCCCCCGGACUCGACCUCAUUCGAUUAAAGGCCGCCUGGAAUUGCGUGGUUGCAUCUUGUGAGAUCCUACGUACCAGAAUAUUCAGUACCGUUAAAGGCGCCAUCCAGACUGUUGUGGAAGAAAGUUCGUCUUGGGAUUAUGACAACUCUCUGCCAGCAUAUCUGAGCAGGGACCUCAAAUUACCCAUGGGCUACGGUUCGCCCCUCUCGCGCUGGGGCAUCAUUGGAGAGCAGAAGGAAGCCACCGAGCGGUUUAUGGUUCUGAGUCUUCAUCAGUCUAUCCAUGACGACCGAACUGUGACUGUGCUCCUUGAACGACUAUGUCGGGAAUACGAGGCCUUAGGUGAGGGUGGAAGGGGUUUAAGGCGUCACGUUCCACAAAUCUCUCUCGACGGCUCUGUUCAGCCAUCGACGACAGAUCAGGAUGCGAAAAACGAAUUGAUCCCUGCCUGGUGGAAGGCAGAAGCAGUGCGUGACUCUCUCACUGGAGGUGUGGACUGGGUUUCACAGCAAGUUUGCGCAUCUUCUGUAGUCGAGCACGAAGCGAUGAUCCCGGGGCUGAACAUGUCAACUCCCCACUUUUCACAAGCGCUAUAUUCAGCAUGGGCUAUCGUUAUCAGCACAUAUGCUCAAGCUUCGGAUGUGACAUUUGGAACUGUUGUCUCUCACCGUGAUCAAAGCACCUAUGAUGGCGUGAGCGCUGAAUCCACAUCCCCAGAGAUUGCCUUGCUGCCAGUACGGAUUUCAGUUGAGCAAGCAGACACGACAAUGCAACUCCUAGAUCAAGUUAGCAAGAUUGACUAUAGUCACAAAAAUGCCGAAAUGCCCUGGACAGAGUCACUUGCUAGCCUAAUCUGUAUUCGAGACCCAGUUCCGAAGGCCUUUCGGUGUGGUGACCAAACCCUUAGUCUAUUUCGCCCGACGACGCGCAAGUACCCAUGUCCGCUGGUCCUGGAAUGUCACGGAGGACAAUACCUACGAGUUGUGGGACAUUUUGAUGAGUCCAUCUUCACCACUCAGCGUGUGCGAUGUCUACUGCAACAGUUUGUCCAUGUUGUACGGCAACUGUCAAUUUCCUCCCACUCGCCGAGGGUCCAGGACGUAGAAGUCCUGAGUCCCGAGGAUAAGCAGCAGAUUUGGGAAUGGAAUGGUCGGUCUAUUCCAUCCGUCAACCGCUGUCUUCACCAUAUCUUCGAGGAGGUUGCAGCGAGGCAUCCCAAUCGCAUAGCAGUCAAUGCAUGGGAUGGUGUACUCACCUACCAGCAGCUCAAUGAGCAGUCAACUCGUCUCGCCCAUCAAUUGCAGAAAAUCGGCGUCGGGCCUGAGAUUAUAGUUGCUUUAUAUCUUGAUAAGUCCAAGCAGGUUCCAGUCUCCAUCCUCGGGGUUCAAAAGGCCGGCGGCGCCUGCCUCACCUUCGACACUCAACAGCCUGUGAGCAGGUUAAGGUCGAUUCUCAGCGAUGGUGGAAUUGGCAUUAUGCUUGCCGAUAGGUCACAUGUGUCACUGUGUGAAAGUUUGGUCCCCCGUGUUAUAUGCGUGGAUGAAGAGGCGCUGAAAUCUCUUCCACAAUCUCUCACCCUAGGCGAGGGUGCACUGAGAACUGGGAGUGUUCAGCCCUUCAACAGGGCUUUUGUUUUGUAUACGUCUGGGAGCACAGGGACUCCCAAGGGGAUUGACGUGCCCCACUCGGCAAUGUGCACUUCAACCUUAGCCUUCGCAAAAGCCUUCAAUGUAUCAUCAGACUCGCGGAUAUUCCAGUAUUCCAGCUAUGGUUUCGAUGUCAGUGCUGGGGAUAUGUUCCUGGCCGUGCUUCAGGGCGCGUGCCUCUGUAUACCCUCGGAAUAUGACCGAGUGAACCAGCUAGAGCACUCCAUUUGCCACUUGAAGGCUAACUGGUUAUGCACAACACCUUCUGUCUUGGGGCUUCUAGACCCUGACAGUGUCCCUUGCCUGGAGACGCUGGCCAUUGGGGGUGAAGCUCUGCCGAAGAACAUCACUCUUCAAUGGGCACCACGACUUCGAUUUCACACCGGUUAUGGGCCAAGCGAAACAGGGGUCAUGACAUCGGUCCUCGAAGUUAAGAAUAACCAGCAUCCAUACUCCAAUGUCGGACGUGCCAUGGCUUGUCAUCAUUGGAUUGUCUCCUCGGAUGACUGCAAUCGUUUGGCACCACUGGGGUGUCCCGGGGAGUUGGUCAUUGAAGGCCCCACGGUUUCUCGGGGGUACCUAAAUCGCCCCGAGCUAACAGCACGCGUCUUCCCCCGCCAGCCAGCUUGGUUUGAUCGUCAGGUAGGCCCACUGCCAUCUCGCUUUUACCGGACGGGUGACAUUGCCAGGCACAAUGACGAUGGGACGCUCAUCUUUCUAGGUCGUCGGGAUUCUCAGAUCAAAUAUCAUGGUCAGAGAAUUGAGCUCGGCGAUAUCGAGUUCAGCAUCAACCAACAUGAGCUGGUCAGGGAAGCGGUGGUGCUGUACCCAUCAGAUGGCCCAUAUGCUGGCAGACUAACGGCGGUUGUCGCACUGGAUAAGGACCUCUUGUCGUCUCCUUCGUCUGAUGAGGCUCCGCUUCUCAUCGAUCCAGGGAUGCUACAGCGUCAACUUGAAGAUGUUCGGACAUCCACGCAAACGGAGCUGCCUCCCUACAUGUGGCCAACUGAGUGGCUUCUCAUGUCAAGGCCAUUUUUGAACAUGAAUGGUAAACUGAAUAGGAAGGAGAUCUUGAACAGCGUGAAGAAGAUGGCGCAGGAGGUCUCUCAGACCAAGCAGCAGCCUGCAGACGCUUCACACCCGUUGGCUCUUUCCCAGAGCCCCUUUAUUGACGAGUCCGAGCAUUUGAGCCAGGGUCAACAGGUGCUCCAGAUGCAAUGUAGUGCUAUCUUGCAACUUCACCGUUCCAAGGUCCCAAUGGAAUCCACAUUUGUUAGUCUUGGGGGCGACUCGCUCAUGGCAAUCCAACUAGUCACAGCCUGUCGGAAGAAGGGUGUCGAAAUCGAUGUCCGAGAUAUUCUCAGGGGUGUUAGGCUGAGGGACGUUCCCUGUAGCGCACCUGAGCUUUCAAGGGCGGUUUCACUCGCACCGCAGCAGCCUGGGGCCCACGCAGAAAGCUGCGCACAAGGAAUUGACAUGUUCGAUGCGUUCGGUCUUAGCCCCCAGAGUGUCUCCAGAAUCAGUGGCAUUCCAAGUCAUGAUAUACAGGCCAUCUACCCUUGCCUGUCCAUGCAACGGGGCAUUCUCACGAGUCAGUCUCGCGACCAGACUUUAUAUCAGACAGCACACGUAUUUGAGAUUACGGGUUGUGCAAAUCAGGGAACUAUGUGGGAUAUGCAGAAGAUCAUCUCCGCCUGGCGCGUGGUUAUCGAGAGGCAUGAUGCGCUCAGGGCUGUCUUCUUGGAAUUGCCAACUCACACAGAGCCUUUUGCUCAGAAAGAUGGCUUUAUCUCAAGUAUCCCCCAUCAGCACGUCUCCUUGGGAGAUAUUUGGCAUGCCGUCGGCAAAUCUGGAGUGGGCCCCUUCAACACCCUGAUAUCCAUCCUCAAUGCAACAGGCCCAGAACUCGGCAUUGAGACGAAGAUGACUUUUAAGAGCUUGGAGGUCUACGACCCAACUGAGUACGACUUGACGGUGACAUCGUAUCUUUCUCCGGGGCUUGCAACAGUGCGCUUCGACUACUGGAAUGACAAGGCCUCCAGUGAUUCAAUAACUAGACUCGCGCACACAUUUCGCCACGUCUUUCAGACGGCCGGCUCGACGCUCGAUUCACCACUCAAGUCAUUGAGCUUGAUUAGCGACAUGGAUUUUCGACAGAUCAAUGACUGGAACAGCAACACUCCCCUGGCCGUGGAGAAAUGUAUUCACGAGGUCAUAUCUUCACGUUCUUCAACAGCGCCGCAAAGUCCAGCCGUGUGUUCCUGGGAUGGGGAGCUAACCUAUAGGGAAAUGGACGCCAUUUCGGACACGUUUGCCCACUCUUUAAGAAGUAUGGGUGUGCGAGAAGAGGUUGCAAUUCCUCUAUGCUUCCCCAAGUCUUUCUGGGCCGUUGUGGCAAUGAUCGCCAUUCUCAAAGCAGGGGGUGCAAUUGUUCCCCUUGAUCCGUCCCAUCCCAUCUCGCGACGGUUGGAAAUAUGUCGUCAGGUCAAGGCGCAAAUAAUUCUGGUUCCGAGUGAUCACAGUAUACAAGAAGAGUGGUCUGAGUCACAGCUACGCAUGGUGGAGAUCUCACAUCUCCGAUACCAACAACUACUGACAGAGAAGCCCACUAGGGCAGGUAGUCUUCAAAUUGAAGAUAUUCCCCGAAGUUCGCCAGCCCACAGCGCAUAUAUUGUCUUCACCUCGGGUACUACAGGAAUCCCCAAGGGCAUCGUCACGGAGCAUGGGGCAUUCUGCUCCGGGGUGGCAGCUCGAGCGCAGGCGAUCAUGCGGUCCUCCAAGACUCGAAUUCUCCAAUUCGCCUCUUUUGCCUUUGACACCUGUUUAGAAGAUAUCUUGACCACACUAAUGCAAGGCGGAUGCGUCUGUGUCCCUUCGGAGCAAGAGCGUUUGAGUGACCUUCCAGGAGCAAUACGACGGAUGAAUGUGAAUACGGCGGAACUGACUCCCUCAGUAGCCAGGCUGCUCCAACCCAAGGAUGUUCCGUCGUUAAAGACAAUGAUCUUGGGCGGAGAACAGGUGACUGCAGACCUCAUCAUGCAAUGGUCUGAGGCUGUCACCUUGAUCAAUUCUUAUGGACCGGCGGAGUGCUCCGUGACCAGUGUGGUCUCUCCUCCAGCGCUGGAGGCAAAAGAUCACCAUGCGAGCAACAUUGGACUCGGGGUUGGAGCAUUGACAUGGGUUGUGGACAGCCAAAAUCCCAACCAGCUAGUCCCGAUAGGUGCUGUGGGCGAGCUGCUGCUUGAAGGACCAGUUCUGGCCAGGGGCUAUCACGAUAGGCAGGAUCUGACCGAGGCCAAUUUCAUCACCGAUCCUGCAUGGUCAAGGCAGUCGCAGCCGCGUUCUCCCCGACGAUUCUAUAGAACGGGGGACCUGGUGCAGUAUGCUCCUGACGGAACCCUGGUUUGCCUUGGGCGCCGAGACGAUCAGAUCAAACUUCACGGUCAGCGCAUCGAACUGGAUGAGAUCGAUUCUUGCCUCCAGUUGCAUUACCCUGAGAGACGACUUAUUGUUGCCUUCUUCUCAAUGUCCCAGCAACCAUGGCAGACCGAGACGGACUUUAAAGUACUGCCGCUCUCUGGCAGUAUACGCGAGGAAAUCAUCAACCUGCAGAUGCAGGUCGCAUCCUCUCUCCCGAUAUACAUGCGACCAAGCCUUUAUAUCCCUGCAAGCAGGAUUCCCACCAGCACCGCUGGCAAAAAAGACCGCGCCACUUUGGCCAAGGCAGUACAGACGCUGUCAGAGUCGCAAUACCUGGACUACUCGCUCACCUCUGCAUCAGGUCACCAUCAGUCUGAGACGCCUGAGCAGCGCAUGCUUCAAUCGCUAUGGUCUCAGUUGCUCAAACUCCCACCCCAGCGAAUUGGGAUACAUGAUGACUUUUUUCAGAUUGGGGGCGAUUCUAUCCUGGCGAUGAAGCUGUCCUCUCUGGUUGGAAAGCGUGAAACUGUGCUCAGUGUUGCGGAUGUCUUCCGUUAUCCCAUACUACGCGAGAUGGCAGUCAGACUCACCGAGAUAUCACACUCUCAUCCGCCGCCUACUUCAUCAGAAGUAGUAGAGCCUUUCUCGCUGCUGCCAUGUAGUUGGCCUGACGAGGUUCUGGAGAAGGAAAUCGUCACCGCCUGCCAGGUUCCUAGAGACAAUAUCGAAGAUGUUUAUCCUUGCUCAGCAGUCCAGGAGGGCCUGAUGGCAUUGUCAAUGCGGCAGGAAAAUGCUUAUAUUGCUCGUCUGGUUUAUAGCAUCCCACCCGGCACAUCUCUGGCGCGUCUGCAGUGCGCAUGGCAGCUGGUGGCCUCGCAGCACUCACUACUAAGGACACGAAUCAUGCUUUCUCGCCGAUUAGGGACACUUCAAGUUGUUCUGAGAGCAGACGACGCUGACAAAGACACGGUUUCAUGGAAGGAUACAUAUUAUAGUGACUUGCAGUCGUUCCUCGAGGAGGACAAAGGAGUUCCUAUGACAUAUGGCUCAGCCCUGUCGCGAUGUGCCAUCGUGACCACACCAGACCAAGCCAAUUUCUUUGUUUGGACGGUGCAUCACGCCCUGUACGAUGGCUGGCUGCUUCCUACCAUAAUGCAAAGAGCAGCAGAAGCGUACCGUGCCCCAGAAAGUGCAGCUGCAUGGUCCAUCGUCCCCUUCCGUUGCUUUAUUGCAUAUCUCGAGACCAGAGACCGGUCCGCCUCGGACGGCUACUGGACUAAUCAGUUAAAAGGGUUCAGGCAGGUUGAAUUCCCAGCAGGGAAUAUGGGAUCAAAGAAGGAACGCCGUGAUAUGUCAAAGGUAUACCACCGCGUACGUCUCGGGAGACGCCCGAGUCGCCAAUUUACUACUGCAGUCAUCCUUCGCGCCGCCUGGGCCUUUUUGAUAAGCAAAUACUCUGAGUCCGACGAUAUCAGCUUCGGAGUUACCUUAAGCGGACGAACAGCGCCAGUGGAAGGAAUUGCCAGCAUAGCGGGGCCUACAUUGACGACGGUUCCAGUCCGUGUUCGGAUCGACAGUGAGCAAUCUGUGGUGGAAUUCCUUCGGAAUAUGCAAUCACAGGCCAUGGAGAUGAUGCCACAUGAGCAUACUGGCCUUCAGAGGAUUCGAAAGCUAAGCCAAGGCUGUCUGGAGGCAUGCGACUUUCAGAACCUGCUCGUGAUACAGCCAGCGGAUGAGAUGACCGAGUCGACCGCAGAACAAAGUGUUUUCGGGCAGCCGGUUGACGAGGCUGCCGCCAAUUCCCAUUUUCACACCUAUCCCCUGGUGUUGUCAUGCACAUUUUCUGAACAUGAGGUGGACCUUGAAGUCAUCUUCGAUCCGACAACCAUCUCACCGGCGCAGGCCGAGCGCCUGGCGCUCCACUUCGAUGCCAUAUUCCAGACCUUUUGGUUGUCCGACAAAGGCGUAACGGUCGGACAGGUAGAGAUGAUCACCAAGCAGGACCAAGAGCAAAUUCAAACAUGGAACAAGGAGCAGCCGCAACUCCAGCCUCGCCUGGUGCAUGAGGUGAUCGAAGAGCAGGUGCUUCUUCACCCAGAUUCCGAAGCCGUGUAUGCAUGGGAUGGCUCCCUCACAUACCGUGAUCUUCAUCGAUACUCCUACCAAUUAGCACGGACGUUGCAAAUGAAGUAUCAUGUUGGACCCGAGCGAUUGGUACCAGUACUUUUCGAGAAAUCGGUCUGGGCAGUAGUGGCCAUGCUGGGAGUCAUGAUGGCCGGGGGUGGGUUUGUUCCUCUGGAUGUCUCCCAUCCGCUAGACCGAAUGAACGACAUUGUUGCGCAGUGCAACGCGGACUUGGCUUUAGUCUCGUCAGAAACCUCAGGGACCCCUCUGUGUACGGCUUCUAAACUGAUAGUCUCAGAGAACAUGUUCCGGGGCCUGGACGCUGGAGGACAUGAGACUAACCAAUAUAGCACCAAAAUCCCCGAUGUCAGGCCGGCCCACUACUUUCCCGGCCUACAGCCACAAUUCCUAGACACAUCCAAGCAGGAGCCCGGAGACCAGACAUCCGAACGUACAGGCUCACCUCGAGACUCAUCGCCGCGCACACCGGUCUCGUUCUCUUGGCACUCGGCAGGACCGGAGACGCCACUUGCCUUCGAUAUGUUGACUCCCGGAAGCAAUAUGUCGGGAAGGGCAGCUCAACCGGACGACAGCGAUCUGACUGAAAGUAAUCGUGUCCAGCCACAGAACGUCGUUUAUGUCAUCUUUACCUCCGGCAGUACUGGAAAACCAAAGGGUGUAGUCAUCCAACACGAUCAAUUCUGCUCGGGCGUGUUGGGGCCCCGGCAAGAAGCCCUUCUCCGCUCGGAGCAGAGUCGGGUGCUUCAAUUUGCGUCCUUCAGCUUUGAUACCAGCUUGGAGGAUAUUAUCACGACUCUGUUCUUUGGUGGAUGCGUCUGCAUUCCCUCGGAGAAUGAUCGCAUGAAUGAUAUUGCUGGGUUCAUCAACAAAUCCAGGGUCAACACCGCCCACAUCACGCCAUCUUUCGCGAAUACCCUUUCACCCCAGUUGGUCCCAGGCCUGAAGUACCUGCGUCUCGGUGGAGAAAGGAUGACGCCGACUCUUGUGGAUAAAUGGGCGCCGGCUCUCGAGCUGAGGAAUGUCUACGGUCCCACCGAGACCUGCAUCACGGCCACAUGUAGUGGAACGGUUACCACGGCUUCAGACCCCAUUGAUAUCGGUCGUGGGGUCGCGGCUCUCACUUGGAUUGUGAACCCGGAUAACCAUCAUCAACUCACCCCCGUCGGCCUAGUGGGAGAACUACUCGUGGAGGGCCCUCUGUUGGCCCGGGGCUACCUCGGAGAUAUCAACAAAACAAACGCAUCCUUCAUCACUGAUCCGACUUGGGCACGUACCCCAGAGAGUCCAAAGAGCCCUCGCCGAUUCUACAAGACGGGCGAUCUUGUGCGGUACAGCGAGGUAGGAACCCUUCUCUACAUUGGCCGCAAAGACACACAGGUCAAGAUCUAUGGGCAACGGAUCGAAAUCGGCGAGAUUGAGGAUCACCUGAAAAAGGCCCUUCUACCCCAGACGAUUGAGAUGGCCGUCGAGGUGACCAGCCUACAGGCUGAUGCUCUCCAGCGCAAAGUGCUCGUUGCGUUCCUCUGUCUAGACGAUUCAUUUAACAAGGAUGGCGCUGUUCUGAUGUCCUUGACGCCGGCCGUGAAGAAACGAGUCCAGGAGCUUACCUCUAAACUCGUUCUUGGCCUGUCUAAGACGCUCCCAGCCUAUAUGAUUCCUUCACGCUAUGUGCCUCUCCGCUCCAUGCCACGAACACUGGCUGGCAAGGCAGACCGGCGUAAGCUGCAGCACCUUCUCAACUCGAUGAGCACCGAAGACCUCUUAGCGUACUCGCUCGAGGGUGGGGAGAAGCAGCCGGUAGAAUCCGAAACCGAGUUCCAGCUCCAGAAACUCUGGGCCGAAGUUCUGAGCGUUGAUACGAUGAUGAUCGGGAGCCACGACAACUUUUUCCGUCUUGGGGGAGACUCAAUCACGGCCAUAAGGCUUGCGGCCGCGCUCCGUGAUGAAGGUAUGUUUCUGACUGUUGGAGACAUUUUCAAUCACCCUGAAUUACGCCACAUGGCCGCCCAGAUUGAUGCUCAGGGCCAGGGCACAAAGCAGGUGCCAGGAGCAACGCCAGGGGCUCACGAGGAUCUGCACCCAUUUGGACUUUUGGCCCCCUCGCCGGCUUUGCUCUUCGAUCUGUCAAAAGUCUGGGAUAUUCCAGAGGACACGGUUCAGGAUGUCUACCCCUGCACGCCCCUCCAGAUUGAAAUGCUAGCUGCUGAGGGGCGCCACAGUCAAUCAACUUACGGCUCACAGGCUGCCUAUGACCUACCGCUAGGUAUUGACCUGGAUCGCUUCAAACACGCUGUCGAGACUGUAUUUCGCCACAACGAUAUCCUGCGAACCCGAAUUGUCUAUCUCGAGCCUCAUGGCACCGUGCAAGUGGUCACAGAAGACGGAGGACCACGAUGGGAGUACGGAGAUGACAUUGACCAGCUUCUUACACAAGGGUAUUCGUUUGGCCUGGGCACCUCUUUGGUUCGGGUCGCUCUGUGCCCGUAUAGUCAUGAAUCCGCGGGAUGGACCUUUUGCUUGACCAUGCAUCAUUCGCUCUAUGACGGUUGGAGUCUCUCUCUUAUCCUUCAGCAAGUCAAUGAGGUGUACCAAUCUGGCUCCCUGUCAUUUCAACGCCCCAAGCCUCGCUUCAGAGACUUUAUCGGUCAUCUGGGAAGCUUGGAUCCAGACCUCAGCAGCCAAUAUUGGGCAUCCAUCUUGUCCCAAUCUUCUGGCUCCUCUGACCUCCCAUCGCAGAACGGUACCGUCGAGGAGCUAGAUUCUGUAGAGGAAUAUCACUGCAACAUGCCAGGUUUCGAGCAGGGGGGCUCGAGGCUUGAAGUGACGCCCGCCAUAGUUCUCCGAGCCGCGUGGGCCCUGAUCAUCACAGCCUAUACUGGGAACAGCGAUGUUCGCUUCGGACUCUCUGUGGCGGGGCGAAAUGUGCCUGUUAAAGACAUUGACCAAAUGGUGGGGCCAACCUUGGCCACAAUUCCCUGCCGAUUGCAAAUCAAUCAGGACUGGACUGUUGAACACUUCCUCAACCAUGUUAAUCAAACCAUGAUUGCUGCCAUUCCCCACGAGCACUUUGGGCUCCAGCGAAUCGCGAAGUUGGGACCCGAUUGCUCUCGCUGCUGCGAUUUCAACAGUCUCCUGGUUGUUCAGCCGCAGAUACCGGCGAAGACGCUGGGAAUCUUCGCCUCUUCCCAGAGCCCGAACUCCAUAUCUCGAGGCAACGACCAGCCAUAUCCCGUGGUGGUGGAGUGCGACAUGCAGGAGUCAGGAGGAUGGAAGGUGCACGUAUUCUACCGGAAAGCAUUCAUCUCUGUCUCAUCGCUGCAGCGCAUCGUCUACCUUAUGCAGCACUUGGUGGAGCAACUCUACCUAUCCCCUAAUAUGCGUCUUGCCGACCUGUCUCUGGUCAGCUCUACGGACUUGGGCCUCGUUGCCAGCUGGAAUUGCUCUGUUCCUGCGCCUGUCGACACCACUAUGAUUGAGAUGCUUUAUAACUCCACGAAGCAGCACGCUGAUCUUCCUGCCAUACAUGCGUGGGAUGACGCUCUCACAUACAGUCAGCUUUUGGAGCAAUUUCAACGGCUCAGUCACUAUUUGCGACUGUGUGGGGUCCAGCGCGGCUCCUUCGUCCCCGUCGUGAUGCCGAAGUCGGCGCUCUAUAUCAUCAGCGUGCUGGCGGUGAUCUCCGAAGGCGCGGCUUUUGUCCCAAUCGACGCGACGAGCACUCCCCGAGAUAGGAUGAUGAAGAUACUCGAGCAGUGUAAUGCGACUGUGGUGAUAGCAUCCACCGCGAGUGCGAAUGAUAUUCUCGAAUCAGGACGACUUCGGGUGUUACGCAUUUCCCAUCAACUUCUGCGUCGCCUGCUAGAUGGACCACCUGCAGGGCUGAGCAGAGCCGGAGCCGAUGAUCCUCUCUAUUGCAUUUUCACAUCAGGGACGACUGGCUCACCAAAAGGAGUGGUCGUAACUCAUGGGGCGUAUGCCUCUUCGACCGCAGCCAAGCAGGAGGCCUAUGAGCUGGAUGAGACCACCCGUGUCCUGCAAUUUUCGUCCAAUGCGUUCGAUGCUAGCAUUGACGAUAUUUUCAUCUCCCUCCUAAGUGGCAGCUGUCUCUGCGUGCCGUCGGAAGCGGAGCGCCGUGACAACCUGUCGCAGUUCAUUGUGGACACGCAGGUCAACUAUGCCGCUAUGACCCCUACGGUGGCCCGGACUCUGGAUGUGCAGAAAGUCUCUCAAUGCCUCACCAAACUUCGACUGGGAGGUGAGAAACUGACAAGUGCUGACCUUACGGACUGGGUACGUGUAGGGGUCAACCUGAAAAGUCUCUACGGACCGACCGAGUCCUGUGUCUGUUGCUCGGCCUCUCCCUCAUUGCUGCCUGAAAAGACCCAUCCAGCCAAUAUUGGACGGGGUCUGGCGUGUCGCACUUGGAUCGUGGAUGUACACAAUCCCGACCGUCUGGCUCCCAUCGGUGCCGUUGGCGAACUCGUCAUCGAAGGACCAGCACUCGCGAAGCAAUACUUGCAUGACCUGGAGAGAACCUCACGGGCAUUCAUCAACCUGCCUCUCUGGCUGCCGAGCAUAGGGGGCAGUUCACCAUCCAAAUCGAAGGGCUACAGGACCGGAGAUAUGGUCCGCUAUAGUGAGGAUGGAAGCUUGAUCUACGUUGGGCGCAAAGAUACUCAGGUCAAGCUGAGAGGGAUGCGACUGGAGCUCGAGGAGGUGCAGCACGCGCUGAGAGACCUCAAUCUGCCCGGUUUUCAAGACCUUGUGGUCGACGUUAUUCCUCAAUCCAUAGCGCCUGACAUUCUGGCGGCAGAUAUCCUGAUGCUUGCCAUAUUUUCAAAUCAACACCGCGGCGAAGAGCAUCAUCUUGAUGCUAUCCGGGCCAGUCUCACAAACCGGCUUCCUGACUACAUGAUUCCGACGCAUCUCCUGCUUCUCGACAGUCUCCCAACAUCUUCUUCAGGCAAGACAGACCGGCUGGAGGUGCGUCGUCUUGCCGUGGAGCAGCUCCGUCAACAGAAACAACAGCAGCAGCAAUGCUCGAACCCUGAUGACAGGGGGAAGAUGGGUUCCCAAAGGGUGGAAGUACCAAUGGAUACUUUCCGUACGCUGCAAUCCAUAUGGGCCGAUAUCCUGCAACAUGAUCUGUUGUCCAUUGGACCAAAUGCGAACUUCUUUCACCUGGGGGGUGAUUCGAUUCUAGUAAUGCGCCUGGUUGCGAAUGCCCGAGCCCAUUCCAUUGAUAUCAGUUCUGCAGACGUUCAUAAACUCCAGACCUUGUCGGCCAUUGUUGCAAAGGCCAGGUUACGAAUUCUUCCUCCACAUCAGUCCACCUCGCCAGCAGAUGACAUCGAUGUUACUUCUAGUCAGGUUACGCCGGAUCUCCGCCUUGUCUCGCUAGAACUGGGAAUCCCCGAAGGAGACAUUGAAAAGGUCCACAAGGCGACCGACUUCCAAUCCUACUGUCUGGCACAGACUUUAUCUCCAUCCCGUGGCUGGCUGAACUUUUUCUCCUAUGACCUCCACGGCAGCAUCAAUGUGAAGCAAUUGGAAUAUGCCUGCCAUGCCUUGGUGCAACGGCACGAAGUUCUGCGUGCUCGUUUCGUUGCCCUCCACGGUUCUGUCCAGCAAGUGAUUCCCCGAUAUCGAGCAGAAGAUGUCCACUUCCAGGUACAUGAAGGGCUUAGUAAGAUGCACAGUCUCGGUCUCUUGGCCAGUCUAGUUCACAAUGAUCCUGCUCCCUCCUUGAAUGAUGUUCUGGUCCGUUUCGUACUUCAUAUCAUCCACCCAGGCCGCAUUCGUCUCACGAUGCGGAUCUCUCAUGCCCAAUAUGACGGGCUCAGCAUGCCUAUCAUUCUCAAGGACCUGGACACAUUAUACAACGGGAUUGCCUUGGCUCCUCCGGCCCGGUUCUCGGAGUACGUGGAGGAAAGUGAGCGACUGCUUUCCCAGAACGAGCACGCCCAGCAGUUCUGGUGUCAACUGCUGCAAGGAUCACAAGUCACCCCCAUCGUGGUACGCAGCAAGCUCUCCUUGCACUCGUUACAGAAAGACUAUCCCCUGGAUCAGACCACGAUUCGGACUAUUCGACUGUCACGAUCAGCUUUCGGCGCCUCCAUCACCCCAGCCACGAUCAUCAAGGCCGCCUGGGCACUCGUGCUCGGCCGUCUCUCGCAACAUCAGGACGUGGUCUUCGGCCACUUGACCAGCACUCGGCCCAGCUUGGAUCAUCUGCCAGCUAUUCAUGAGGUCGUCGGUCCCUGUCUCAAUGUGCUUCCUGUGCGUGUCCAGCUCCAUCCCACUACCGAACGAAGGGAGCUGCUGGAUGCGAUUCAACAGCAAUAUAUCGACGCCUUGCCCCAUUCCAUGUUGGGCUUCCGCAGGAUCAUCGAUCACUGCACACAAUGGCCGCCAUCAACCCGAUUGAGCUCUAUCCUACAAUACCAAAACCUGCACCAGGACCUGGACAGUGUUCUCCUUGGCGGGGCUACAGGGAGUCUUGAAGCUUAUGUACCUGUCUCUGACGCCGCCGACCUAUGGAUGAUGGUAACUCCAACGAACGAUUGUGGUGCAGAGAGACUGCAUGAGAUCAAACUAAGCUACAGCGCCGCAACUAUUCCCCCUUCCAUUGCAGAUCGCAUUCUCGACGAAUUUGACGAUGCAAUUUUGUUCCUCCAGACGCCUCACGCCUCCGAUGACGGAAUCCGAUUACACACUUACUUCGACCAGACCGCGCCCGAGUUCCCACCCACCCUUCCGAUUGACAGGCAACUCGCGGAAACCGACUUGCCGCCCCGCCCCGCGAUCAUCGCCGCAGUCAAAGCCAUAUGGGAGCAGGUGUUCGGCCCGCAUGUCCAUCGCGAGAAGACCAAGGCGCGCAAGGAGGAGUGCCGGGCGAUGCUGCACACCCCCUUUGGGCCAGAUCCAGUGAGCGCCGCGCAGCUGUCGCUGCUCUUCCAGCAGGCUGGGGUGGAAAUCUCGCCGGCAGAGGCGGCUGAGUAUCCGACCAUCUUCCAGCAGAGCUUGCUUUGGGGCUACAAGAUGCGAGAGGGGAGUCGCUGA